CUCAAAUUAAAGUGUUGUCAAAUUUUUGAGGUUCUCUUGAUACAUAUAUUUAUUCGUUGGGCAGAAUGUCGAAAGGAACAACAUGUAAAGAUGCAAUUCAAAAAUGGGUUGAGACAAACAAUAAAGAAGCUGGUGAAGCUAUUGAAGUUUAUUUAGGUUUUCAAUGGCCUCCAAUUGAAAAAAUGGAUAAUAGUUUAGCUACAUUUUCAAAAGUCGAAAAAUUAUCUCUUUCAACGAAUAUGAUAGAAAAAAUUGCUGGAAUUGGUUCAUUGAAAAAUUUGAAAAUUCUCUCAUUGGGUCGUAAUAAUAUAAAAACAUUUUCUGGAUUGGAAGCGUUAGGUGAUAAUUUGGAGGAAUUAUGGAUUUCUUAUAAUUUAAUUGAAAAACUAAAGGGUCUUAAUUCGCUGAAAGCUUUAAAAGUUCUUUAUAUGAGCAAUAAUUUAGUUAAAGAUUGGAAUGAAUUUAAUCGUUUACAAGAACUUCGAAAUCUUCAAGAUUUAUUAUUUGCCAAUAAUCCAAUUUGCGAUGGCUUAGAUCAAUCAUUGUGGCGAUCUCAAGUUACUCGUAAAUUACCACUAUUGAAAAAACUUGAUUCUAUUCCAAUUGUACAUUUAACUGCUGACAAUGAAGAGUAAUAGAAUUUUUAUAAUUUGUUAUUACAAAAUUUUAAGGGAAAUAAAAUUUUUUUAAGUUACUUUUUGGUUAAUUUGAAGGUUUAAUUAAUGAAGGCAUUUUUAUUUAUUUUUGUAUUACUUAUUAGUAAUAGCUGCUUUAUUUUUUCUGAAAGCCAUAGUUUUCUUCUAAUUAGAGAAUGACAGAGCAGAGAUGUUUUUUUUAUCACUUUGUGCACAGCGUUAUAAAUAAUUCAAGUGUUGUUUCAUUUUUUUUUUUUUUUUUUUAGUUUAUAAUAAUAUUAUUGAAACAUUUUUUCCCCCGGUACAGAUUAAUUCCACUAUUACGCAUAUAAUGCGAAUAAAAAACUAUAUUUAAUAAAUUCGAUUCUAAAUAAUUGAAAUUUUUAUCUUGUAAUAAGGUGAAAAAAAAGUUUCAAUAACAUUUUUUUUCAUGUUAUAUAUACGCGAAACGAAUCCUUUUUUUUUUAAUUCGCUAAAAGCUUUAUACGAGUUACUAACGUAAAUUCUGGUAAGAAAAAUAGUUUAGCAAUAUAUGCUAAGUAGUAUGUCAACAAUUCUAAAAUUAUAAAUACUAAUAUUAGGUAAUAUUAAUAAUAAUAAGAACAAUUUUUGUUAAGUACAACAUUUAUAUAUAUAUAUAUAUAUAUUAUCACCUGCUUUCAAUGAUCAAAUAUUCAUGUGCUUGAAAAUAAUAAUUCUUUCUUUAAAAAUUGUUUAAAAACGUUAAAAAAAAUUUUUUUUAAUUAAAUGCAAAAAUUCCUAUUUGCAAUAUUAAUUUGUCAUUUAAUUUUAAAAUGUUGAUUUUUUUAAAGAAAAAAUAAAAAUAAGACAUUAAUUUAUUUUUUAAGAGAUAUUUGAUCUUAGCAGCAGUUAUUGAUUGGCACACGAAAUCUAAGUAAUUUUUUUUUUUCAAGAAUAAAUUUUCUAUUCAUUAUUUUAAUUUUAAGAGAAAUGUAUUAUUUGUAUGAGGCACAUUUUGUAUAAAGAAAUCUUUGUUUUGAUAUUUUUUUCUUGAA